AUGGGGUAUGACAUUGCGGACUACGAGGAUAUCGAUCCUAGCUAUGGCACCCUGGCUGAUGUUGACAAUCUUAUCAAAGAAAUCAAGAAACGUGAUAUGAAGUUGGUCAUGGACCUCGUUGUCAACCAUACUUCGGAAGAGCAUGCGUGGUUCCUGGACUCACGAUCAUCGAAGAAAUCGUCGAAACGCGAUUGGUACAUCUGGAAGCCCGCCAAAUACGAUGCUGAAGGGAAUCGCCAGCCUCCGAACAACUGGGCGCAAAUCCUGGGUGAGGCAAACUCCGCAUGGACGUGGGACGAGACCACUCAAGAGUACUAUCUUUCUCUCUUCACACCCGAGCAACCGGAUCUUAACUGGGAAAAUCCCGAUGUCCGUGCAGCUGUACACAAUAUCCUUCGCUUCUGGCUUGACCGAGGCGUGUCCGGAUUUCGUAUGGAUGUCAUCAACUUGAUCUCGAAGGUGCAAACAUUUCCUGAUGCGGAUAUCUCGGUCAAAGACAACAAGUACCAACCGGGCCACAAGUACUACGCAAACGGCCCGAGACUACACGAGUGGCUGAAGGAACUUCGACGCGACGUACUCUCAAAAUACGACACCCUCACCGUUGGAGAAAUGCCAUUUGUUCGUGAUGAAAACGAGGUCAUCAAAGUUGUCGGUGCUGAAAAUGAAGAGCUGAACAUGAUCUUUGCUUUUGACUUGGUCGACAUCGACAACGUACCCGGCGACUUUAAGUACACACUGCACCCCUGGGAUGCGCGGGAUCUCAAAAAGAUUGUGAACCGACUGCAGCGUUUGAUGCUCGAGCGCGAUGGCUGGAACUCACUCUACGUCGAGAAUCAUGAUCAGCCUCGAAGCGUCAGCAGGUACACGGACGACAGUGAUCAGUGGCGCGAAUACGGUGCGAAGCUGUUGUGCUUGAUGCAGACUACCUUGGCCGGGACACUAUAUGUCUACCAAGGUGAGGAGAUCGGCAUGCGCAACGUGCCCAAGGACUGGAAGCCCGAAGAGUACAAAGAUAUCGAGAGUAUCAACUUCUUCAAAAAAUACCGCGACCUCUACCCUGGCAACGCUGAAAAACAGGCUUUGGCAGCUAAGAUCAUGCAACGCAAAGCUCGCGACAGCGCUAGAACGCCGAUGCAGUGGGACUCGUCUUCCCAGGCAGGAUUUACUAAUGGAAAGCCCUGGAUGCGCGUCAACGAUGACUAUCCUAGCAUCAACGCCGCAGCUCAACUCACAAAUCCCGAACCCUCACCCGGCAUGCUUUCUGUACACGCAUUCUGGAAGCGUGGCCUAGACUGUCGCAAGGAGAACAAGGAUGUCUUCGUGUACGGUGAUUUUGAAAUGCUUGACAUGGAAGAUCAAAAGGUCGUUGCGUAUCAGCGGUGGAGUGAAAAGAACGCUUUUAUCACCGUGUUGAACUUUAGCGGCGAGCAAGUAACGUGGGAGAAGAUGAGAGAUCUGAAGGUGAAGAAAUGGGUUGCUGGCAACUACGACGAGAGACAGUUGGACGAGAAGGCGAAAAUUGGAAGGCUAGAGUUGAGGCCUUGGGAGGCAAUGCUGGGUAUGCUAGAAUAA